AUGAAUAGUUGGAUUAAGUCAAUGGUGACAGAAGUGCAGGAGCACAUAGGAUGUAAUUGGGUAAAAAUAGGCAGGGAUAUAAUGCAGACUGACACAACAACACAAGCUGUUCUAUCACAGCAGGAGAGGCUUUCUGAUGAUCCGUACGGUAUAAACAGAGUUAAAGUAGGGGUAGCCAGAGCCAAAUACAAUCCUUAUGUGUUUAAGAUAGAGUGUGUGAUAGGUCCGAAGAAAGACAAGUGUCACAUAAUAAGAAUAUCAGACAAUCUUAAUACAAUCACUGCGUAUGUAUCCAAUGAUGCACUAAGAUUCCUUAAAAAAGAAGAGAACAUAGCUGUUGACAUAUCCUCACUAUUAAAUAUGCACUGUAAAUUACUUAAGGGGUAUUUUAUAGUAAACACGAGCUCAGACAGGAAAGUGAGCCUGUACAUUGAAAGAAUGAGUUAUGCAGGUGAUAUGUCACACAAAAACAAGAAAGUAAACAGCAUUGUGUGCAGGGAUGUAAAUGUAGAAAAAGAAGUUGAAUUAAUCAGCAAAAGAAUAGAGAAUGAGAUAAAUAUUUAUAAAGAAUCUUGUAAUUUACCUAAUAUAGAAAAUCAGUUAGAAAAUUUUGAUUUUUUAAAUAACAGAAAUUUCAUUAAUUUAUGUUUAAUGGGUGAUUCUAUACAAAAUUCUGCCCACUCUCAGGUGUACCUUGGAGACAAUCCGACAAUUUCUGUAAAAACAAUAAAGCAUGGGAUUGAAGAGUACAAUUCAGAUACAGAAGACCAAAUAGACAGUAGCAAUUCUUCUGAUGAAGCCAUGGCAGAAUCAGAAAUCAAAGAAAACAGCACAGAAUCAUCUGAUUUUUUUCAUAAACAGCCACAUAUAGUGAAAGAAAAAGGACAUUCUCCAAUAAAGUAUGUGGCCAGUACGAUUCCCAUUAAAAAGCAUUUCUCUUCUAUGGUAAAACCAGAAAUUAAACCAAUUACCAGCAGUAUUACACAUAAUAAAUUAAUCCCAGAGAUUAUCCGAGUAAAUACAAAUAAUUCACCAUCCAAGCCAGACUCCAGAAAUUUAACACCCAGCAUAACUAACACCCAAAAAAUCAGAAAGAGAGAAGAAUUAAAUGAAAUAUUAUGUAAUAAAAAAGGAUUGCGUUUAAGAAUGCCCCCUAAAAAAAGACCAUCAUACAAUGACAGUUAUACCAGCAAUGAUACAUUAAAUAGUGUAGAAAUACCACCGAGUGUAAUAAAGAGUAUUAUUUCAACAACAAGUGAAUCCGAGGCACACAGUGAAAAUACAGAGCAGGAUGAAAUAAUUGGCAAGUGCACCGCAGAAAAGGAUCAAGAAUGGUCUUCUGUUGAGGAACUUUCAGAGACACAAGUAGAUGAAAUGAUAAAUGAAACUAUUUCUAGAUUUCCUACUAUUAUUUCCAUAUCUGAGUAUAAAAAAAGACAAAAUAAUCAAUAAAUACA